CGAAAAUGGCAGCGUCGCACACCGAGGUGACGGGCUGGCAGCGCGUCUUGGCGCAGUACGCGCCGCAGGAAGAGGCGUGGAAGGGCGCCGAGGCCAAGAUGCGGGCGUAUGCACAGCAGGUGCUGCGUGACAUCAAGGGCACGGAUGCCCAGAAGCGGUCCGCGACCAUUGACUUUGUCAAGGAUCUCGUGCCCGAGGACGUCAAGCCCGAAGUCGAGAGUUUGCCUGUCGAGCAGUUUGCGCUGGGCCUCAUCUUUUACGGCCCGUUCCAGGUCUACGAUCGCGUGUACCGCCACAUUUCGUCUGACUAUGGAAAGGAAAUGUCCAUGCAAGCGCGCAAGGGCACCGAGCACGACACGACGGGCCACGUCUACGGCGAAAUCGCCUUCUUCCCGUUCGCAGACAUUUUGCUGUCGAUCGCGCCCGAGCUGCCGCAGAACAACGCCAUCUUCUACGACUUGGGCUCGGGUGUCGGCAAGGCGGUCGUUGCGGCCGCGCUUUUGCAUCCGUUUCACAAAUCCGUGGGCAUCGAGGUGUUGCAGCCGCUUGUGGACUUUUCCCUUGCACGCGUCGACAAGCUCGGCCAAGACUAUGACGGCAUUGCGCAGUCGAUCUCGUUUGUAUCGGGCAGCUUCUUGGACCAUCCGUGGAGCGACGGCGACCUCGUCUUUAGCCACAGCACGUGCUUCUCGCCCGGGACUUGGGAACGCAUCUCCAAGCAGGCCGAGCAGCUGAAGCAAGGCGCGUACUUUGUGUCGGUGUCGCACGUUCUCUUGUCGCCGCUCUUUGAGGUACUGCGCACGAUGGUCGUCACGAUGAGCUGGGGAAGCUGCACCGUCUACGUCCACCGUCGCAUGCGAAUUGGCCGCUGGGCGACCAAGCUGUUGCAAGGCGGUAGCGCGAUUCGCACGGACCUCCAGCGAACCCGGGAGCCCGCGACGCCCAAGGAGAACGAAGUUCGCAAGCAGUAGAUAGAAGGUCGUUUUGGCUUCGAUUUUUGAUUCGAAAUUUCACCGCCGCUGAUUGGCUACUUUUACAGGC